AUGUCGAAGCCACCUUCCAGAGUUGUUUUUGUGGGCAACAUCCCCUACGGGUUGUCCGAGGAGCAGAUCAGUGAUAUCUUCAGUAGCGCUGGCAAGGUGCUCAACUUCCGCCUAGUCUACGACCGCGAGACUGGCCGACCCAAGGGCUUCGGCUUCGCAGAGUACCCGGACAAUGACUCGGCUGCGUCUGCGGUCCGUAACCUGAACGACUAUGAGAUUAUGGGAAGGAAAUUGAGAGUCGACUUCUCCAAUGAGGGAGGCAGUGACGACAACAACGAUGCUCAUGGCCAUGGCCGAGAUGGCGGUAACGCCUCACACCCGUCAAACGGCUACAACCCAGCAGCCCCCCCAGCACCAUCAGGCAACCUUCCCCCUCUGCCGGCCGGCAAGGAGCUCCCGCCCAACGUCACAGCAACGGACGCCAUCUCCCGCACACUCAACACUCUCCCUCCGUCUCAGCUUUUGGACAUCCUCACCCAAAUGAAGGCCUUGGCCUCUAGCGAUCCUGCUCGCGCGACGGAACUCCUCCAGCAAGCUCCUCAGCUGGCCUACGCCGUCUUCCAGGCUCUCCUCCUCAUGGGUCUCGUAUCUCCGGAGGCAAUCCACUCCGUUCUUGAGCCCGGUGGUGCGCCCGCUGCGCCCCCGGCUCAGGCCGCGCCGAUGGGCUACCCACCUCAGCCCGCCCCCGGCUUCCCUCCGGUUCCGGUGCCGGGCGCCAACAACACGCCUCCGGUUGCCGGUACGCCGUACGCGCCGCCCCCGCAGCAGGCAGCUUAUGGUGCUCCGCCUCCGCCGCCGGCCGCUGCGGCGGCAUUGGGUCAGGAUCCUGAGGCGUUGAUGCGACAGGUCCUGGAGCUGCCAAUGGAGACAAUCAACAUGUUGCCCGAAGCAGAGAGACAGCAGAUUUUGGCUCUGCGGGCACAGUUCGGUGGGCAGAGACGAUGA